AGAAUAAGAUGAGAAGUAGGUGCAUUCAACUUUAUGAUAUAAAAAGAAUAGUCAAUAGAAUAUAACAAAUAUUAUUAUUAUUGUUAUAAAGGUUGGACGUGAAAACAAGUAGGAAACAGGGUUUUGGGGAGGAAGAGAAGCAUUGAAGCAUCUAUCCGGUGAGGGAGAGGAUGGAGUUGAUGAGUCAUUGUUCAAGCUUCCUUCUUCCGCCGGAGAACUGCAACCCCACUUGUUCUAUUUCCCUCAACUACGCUCUCGUUGUUCUCAAUCAAAGCCUCCCCAGAUUCGCUCCUCUGCUUUGGGACCACGCACAACUACGGGUGUGCGCAGAUGGAGGUGCCAACAGGGUGUAUGAUGAAAUGCCUCUUUUCUUCCCUCAGCAACAACCUUCCCAUGUUCGCACUAGGUCAAAUUUUCUCUAUCUGACUUCCGAUGUUUCUAUCAGGUACAAGCCUGAUGUAAUUAAAGGUGACAUGGAUUCAAUCAGGACAGAAGUACUUGAAUUCUAUAAAAAGCUGGGAACUCAGAUAAUUGAUGAGUCUCAUGAUCAGGACACCACAGAUUUACACAAAUGUGUAACAUACAUACGUGACCUCACACCAAGUAUUGAUCAAUCAGCACUAUGCAUUCUUGUUGCUGGAGCACUUGGUGGGAGAUUUGACCAUGAGAUUGGAAAUAUUAAUGUGCUCUGCCGAUUCUCCAACACACGAAUUAUCCUUCUAUCUGAUGAUUGCCUCAUUCACCUUCUCCCAAAGAAUCAUUGUCAUAAGAUCCUUAUUCAAUCUUCUGUUGAGGGUCCACAUUGUGGACUAGUUCCCAUUGGCAUGCCAUCUGGAAGUUCUACAACCACAGGACUCAAGUGGGACCUUAAUGACAUGGCGAUGAGAUUUGGAGGUUUAAUAAGCACAUCAAAUAUCGUAAAAGGGGAUAUAGUUACAGUACAGUCUGAUUCAGAUCUUCUUUGGACUAUUUCUAUCAAGAAGCUCUAGGUUUUACAUGUUGAAUAGUUCAGUGAUUUUUCAGAUCUACAGUACCUAUUUAGAUGGGUCUUAUUUCAUUUUAAGGCCAGAGCUUCUGCUGACCUUUCUUUAUGUUUCAUUCUUUUAAUUUACUAUGUGAAUUAUGGGAGGGCAUAGGGGAAUUAUUCAAAUGUCGCAAGUUCUGUUCCUAAUAACCAAUGAGCCUUGGAAGGUCAGUUUUCAAAUAAGUUUUCUACGUUCCCUGGCUCAGUCGUAUGGUAUUGUAAUCCGUAAAUUAAAUAAGCGGAAUAAGAUUGCCAAAACAACAGAAAUGAGAAUGAGAACACUUUGUCUUGUGGACUCUACUUCUUGUCCUUAGGCAAUAAGCAUACAGAACAGUGACUGUCGACUGAAAUAUGCUUUCUGUAAUAUAUAUAGA